AGUCGACAAAAGUGAGAGUCUCAUCACCUUUGCGCUGUAGUUUACUGUCAACUUUUGGGCUGUUUGGGCGUCUGGUCUGAAUAGUCAAUCACCGAGAAACAGGAGGUGAUUUUGUCAGUACCGAGUGGACCAAGGGUGCUCUGCGGGAGGACCAAUAUUUAGUGUAUUCAGAAUGUUGAAAUCGAUAGUUCUAGUGGUCGUGUUUGCGGUUGUCGUUACACAUGCCCAGUUUAAGUGCCCCAAGAACCGGGGCCAGUUCGAGGACGAAAUCCAGUGUGAUAAGUAUUAUGAAUGCGAUGAAGGUGUAGCGAAGGAAAAGUACUGUGCCGAUGGGCUGGUAUUCGAUCAAUCGAUCAAACUGGUCAACAAAUGUGAUCAACCGUUCAACGUUGACUGCGGUGAUCGCGUGGAAUUGCAGGAACCACAGGGCACGACCGAAUUCUGUCCACGUAAGAAUGGCUUCUUCAGCCAUCCAGACCCGUCGAUAUGUAAUAUUUUCUUCAGCUGUAUCAAUGGCGAAGAGACAGAGAUGACCUGCACAGGAGCUCUUCAUUUCGACGAGAAGUCGGGAACUUGUGUGUGGCCCGAUGUGGCCGCUCGUACUGGCUGCGCUAGGAACAAUGACAACAAGAAGCUAGAUGACGGCUUCGCGUGUCCAAAGGAGAAACAGUUUGACAAAAACGGACAGAUGGUCAUCCAUCCAAACUUCCCUCACCCAACCGACUGCUCGCGCUUUUACUAUUGUCUCAGUGGAAUCGAGCCUCGCCUAGGACAGUGCGAUCCAGGACUCGUCUACAAUGAGGAAAUCUCGCGUUGUGACGCCGCUGAAAAUGUCCCGGAAUGCAAAGACUGGUAUAAGGACGACAACGAGAAAAAGGCUCACUAAGUGAGCGGAAUUAAUCCUAUAGCCAUGUGUGUCCUCGUUCUGGGAUGUGCUGAUGAGUGUGAGUGAGUGCGAUGCGUGUAUAUGAUGGAACACGGGAUCUCUAAUUGCGGAGAUACCGCAACAGAAACCUUGCCUAUUAGAUUGAAAAUGAACACUAUAGUCUUUAGAUAAUUUUGCAAGUCAUAUAUUUAUGUGUGACUUCAAAGAUGAAAUGUUUUAUCCGCUAGUGGUCACUCAAACAUUGUAGAAAAUCAGUUAACAAACAAAUCUUUUUUCAAGACUUUUAACAAACUAUCUUUUUCUACUGAUUGACUAACCGUUAUCUCGUAUCUUUAUAAUAUCAUCUUCCUGCACCCCUUACGGUUCCUGCUGCUAAGAAACUAGUUCGAAUACUUCUCCACUGUAACCUGUAACAUCGUCUCACGAAAUUUCACACCAGACAAUUGCUUGCGCUCAUCCGAAUUAUUCGCUGUCAUUCUACUCGUACGUUUAUGGAUAUGUAUGCAAGACGUUUCAAAAGUACACAAAAGUGGAUUAUCACAUGAACUGUGUUAUUGAUCAAUUUUAAACACUAUGCAUAACUCGUUCGUCGUUUCAACUUUGAGUGGUAUUGCAUCUGACAAAUAUUUUAUUAUUAUAAGUUGAAAUUAUACAAUGAGAACAUUCUUUAAUCACAAUUCGAUGAGUUGAAUUGGUCUGCCACUCUGUAUUUCGCUUGAAUUUACCUUUUACUUGAACUUCCUAAGUAGUAUUUUUAGUUCAUAUUCUAUAAAAUUUCUUAAUAUUAAUAUUUCGCUAAAUUAAUUGGAUUAGUCUUUUCCGAAAAAUAAUAUUUCUAUGCUUUCUUGUCUUCGUUUUCUUAUAUUUUAAUUUCUCGAUGAAUUAAUUGAAUUAGUCUUUUCCGAAAAUAAAUAUUUCUAUUCUUUCUUGUCUAUUUUCCUACCCUUCAAACUUUUUGAAUUAUUCAUAUUCUAAUCAGACGCUUGCUCUGUGUACAUUGCUAGCCGUGAACUCAACAUUCAAUAUAUCCUCUUUUAUCCUGUGAUCUCAUAUACUGAUUUUCCAAUUUGAUAUUUCCGAGCUCUUCUGCUCUUUACACCAUUCAACGAAUACAUGUUUCUUUUGUUUUCUACAUUCCCUACAUUUAUUAACCAAUAUUAAAUUCUCCCAACUUUUUUUUUAACUGUAUAACCACCUUCUUCUUCCUGUACCUUGUUAUUAUGUGUUCUUACUAUGACUCUGUCUGCCAUUUCACUAAUUGUAAUGUGAUGCUUAUUUAUUCCUAAACUAUUUUGUAUCUUCUACCUCUAAGUUUCAUCUGGAUAAAUUGCAAAGUUUGAAGCCUACAACGAACAAGAAAAAAGUAUUAAAUUCCAUGCGAAGCAACUAUGAUAAAAAAAAAACUGUCUAUCUAUUUCUUUUCUAAGUCUAUCCUAUAUUUGACUUUUAAUCUGAUGUCGCUAUGGAUUCUUUCUCUUUUCACACAGCAUUCAUUACCGCAAUCGUAUCCUAAGAACUCAAUAUUCAAUACCUCGUUUUCUUCGCUAUGAAUGCGAUUCAUAUUUAUUCUUAAACCUAUUUACUUUAUUUACCUUUUUACCUAUUUCUUAUAUCUAUUUUUAUUUUUAUUCCUAAUCACUUUCAACAACAGAUUCGUCUUCUUUUUAUUCUUUGUUUUUCUCACCAUUAUUGUUGUUGUGUAUUACUUCGCUCUUAUGAAUUAUUUUUUGUUGAAUACUUCUUUCGCUUCUCUGUAUUUCAACUGAAUUCUCUAAAAUUAUUUAAUCCAUUCUAUAUUUCUGAUUUUAUUCUCAUAAGUCUCUCCCUAGUUGAAAACCUAUUUAUGUUGUCUGUACUAUGAUUAUUGUUUUUCAUUCUACUCAUUCGAAUCUUAAAACAUCUUUUCUAUCUAAACAUAUCUAACUGUUCGCUAAUAUAUCGCUUUCUCUAAAAUUCUCUUUUCUGAUUAUACCGUUUCUUUCUUCAUUAGACUCAUUAAGUUCUAUUAAUUAUUUCAUUUCAUGCACGUUAUACUAAUGUGUAUACUGUAUGUAAUUGUUUUUCCUACUUGCCACAUUUUUUUACGCUGUUCCUACUUAUUCUAUUAUACUCUACACUGUCUGUCAUAACAUCAUGUUAUCAACAAAUGCUCUUGGAUGAUUAACUAUUAUCUGUACUAUUUCAAACAAUCCUUUCGUUCCUUCGAACCUCAUACUUUUCAGAACAGAAUAUCUUUCUUCCGAAUAUUGCUAAACUAUAAUCUAUAUUAUAGUCUAUAUUCUUUUUUGCUAUUCUCUACUCUCUCUACAUCUCUCUUUUCCUCUCUUUUUCUCUCCCUCUUUUCUUAUUUAUCUUUUACUAUAUCUCUUCUCUCUCUCCUCUCAUCUCUCUCUCUCUCUCUCUCUCUCUCUCUCUUUCUCCUCUAUUUUAUUAGAAAUACUUACUUGAUUUCACAUUUAUUUUUUCAAGAUUCAUUACAAGUAUCUCUAACACAUUUCUUUCUAAUUCUUUUUGCAUUACUCUACUGUAUCUCAUAAAUGAUUUUCUUAUCUUAUAGACUCGCAUCAAAUGAUUAGUAUUUUUAUCUUCAUUCAUUUUUGUCUCUGACUCUGUUAUGGUUUCUUUUCAAUCUAUUUCUCUUUCGUCUAUUUCUUCUGAAAUUCUACACGAUAUCGUGAUUUUUUAAACAAUGCGUUGUUCUAUCAUUCUUCAAUUGUAUGUUUGUCUGUUCUCUCUUUUUUUCUUUUUACAUUCUAUCAUAUCGAUCACUAAUCCCAUUCUAUUUCUUUCACAAUAAUUAUUUUUUGUACUAUCGGCAACCAAUUUUCAAUCGCAAACUAUCCGAGACGAAGACUUAUUAACAUUCUAUUUCAUUGUUUACUCGUUUUUCUUACUAGUCUUUUUUUCAAUUUUGCUGUGUGAAACUAUAUAAUCUUUUAAUAGAUUCCCAAUUAUUCUUUUCUGUCUCCCCUAUGUUUCUUCCUAUGUUCUGUGAUCAACACAUACUGUGUACCUAACAAUCACAUUCUCCACUCAAACCUGAUAUCCUUUGCUAUUCUUUAGUCCAAAUUCUGUAUAAUUUAUGGAUCAUGUUUUUGUACUUUUGUUCAGUUACUUAUUACCUCUGUCUCCCCUUUUUAUAUCUUACUGUGUCUCUCUCUUUCUGCUCUGCUCUCUCUCUCUCUCUCUCUCUCUCUCUCUCUCUCACUCUCUCUCUUUUUUUUCUUACAUGAUUCGGAAGGAACCCGAAAGACAUAGGGGAGAGGGAGGCAAGUUGGCGACGUUAAGCAGUGGAGAGUCCUGGAUCUUGGAAUUAUUUUUUUUUUUAAUGUUGAUGCUGAUUCAUAUUGCCUGAAGUGUUUUCUAUAUCUGAAAUAUUUUAAUUAUUAUCUAUUGGAUGGGCAAAAAAAACUAAAAAACUUGUCCACCCAAAAGCUUUGCGCUAAAGUGUCGAAUUCGCCAUCUUGCGUUCACGUGGAGGCAAGAUGGCGAAUGCCUGGAGGCAAGCUGGCGAAUAUGGUUUGGUCACCUAAAAAUCAACAAAAUGUAAUAACAAUUAUUUAUUUAUCCUUGGUUGGAACAGUGGAAAUUCCAUUUCCAUCAACACUGUAAAUGUCACACGCAGGAAAAUGAUGGCCGCAUGGCCGCUCGCUGAAUGUGGCUUUAAAGCGGCCUUUAUUGGACGACGUAUCCUGAAAUUGAUACAGAUUUAAUAUUUCUUGCACAAAAAAUAUGGAAACGAAAAUGCUGAAUUGAAAAUCCAUGUCUGGAUAUUUUCGUCGAUAGCGUCUCAAAGUUGGUUCUGGCACACCGAACUGUUUUGAAGCACCCAGAACAGACAAACCUUCUUCUAUAGCUUUCAUAACAUCCUCCAAACUGGUGUCCGACCAAUAUUGGUUUCUUUCCAACUUGCCCCCAAGCAACUUUUUCAAUAAAAAAAAUUUAACUGAAAAAAAAUCAUUAUUGAAACUCGCCGGAAACAAACAGAUUAUGUACAAAAGAGUACCUUUAUCAUGUAAAAAAUUAUUUUGAAAUUUUAACUUUUCUCAUAAAGUGGAUAACGAAAUUUGAAAAAACGGAAAAAAAUAACAAAAUCACGAUUUUUCUCAUUAUUAUUUUUCACUUUUUUUUGUGAUAACGUUUUCGGCAGAGUGACCGAGUACAAAGUUUGGCCUUAUUAUGAUGCAUCUUCAGUAAAAAGUAGGUGGCGCUACCUUCAUUACAACGGGUCAAAUUACCGAUUCGUCAUCUUGCCUCACUCGCCAACUUGCCUCCCUCGCCCCUACUUCCUCCUCUCGCUAUUGCAUUGCAGAUUCUGAUUAAUUUCUAUUUUCUGUCCAAUAAUAAUUCCAUUUCCGGAAAAAACUUUACAUAAAACUAGAAUUCUGAAAAAAAUGUUGAUAAAAACUGAGAUCUGAAAAAAAGUAACAGAACAAUAAGAUGACAGUUUUUUUGUGCGAUUCGAUAAUUGGUGUUAUACCACUCGAUGGAAAAUUGAGCGAAUCACAUUGCACCCAAUAAUGACUGUCGUUCUCAAGCCUAGCACCGUAGAUAACUACAUAAAACUCGAACUUCUUUUUCAUUUUUUUCUCAUAACUCCCAAUCUGAACGCUUCCCCUUCGUGUCCCAAAUCUUCUACUUGUCACUCCUACAUCUUGCUUGAUAACUGGAUCACUGAAAGCAUCUAGCUUCUCUAUCCCUAUCUCUCUCAAACACACACUCCAAGUCAUCAUGACGAUCUUAUGCUGCAUGCUGUUGCAUAUGUUAGUCCAUACCUCGUAACCUACUUACUCUCAGCUGUGAUAUUCUCUAAUUGUGCUGCCCUAACUACGCCCCAGUGGAGUGACUAUUUGCGUAUGAUAAGUCUAAAGUCCACCAGCCCAUGUGCAAGUGUAGUUUUGUUGGAAUUUGAAUAAAUAGUUCACCGAUAAUAACUGUAUUAACUUU